ACUAAAACAUUGGAAAGAAUGGCAUAGGAUCCAUUCUGGACUGAUGUGACUAAACAAGCAGUUCAUUCACUUAGAAAAAGGUGAUUAGAAAAGGUACUCAAAAAGAGUGCUUGGCAGAUAGUUUAUUGGAUGUUUUAACGAAAGGAGGGCAUUCUAGAACCCUGCAAGAGUUGGAGACGUCAUCAGCUGAAGAUGAAGCCCAUACCAGGUCACUUGACACAACAAAAGACAUGGCGCAGGUUACAGAAAUAGAGCCAGCAGGGCGUUUGGAGUGUAGUAACCAGGACAGACUCACAGCACUGAGAGCGGUCACAAACUUUGGUGUGCCAGUUGAUGUUGUUGACUGCAAAGAAGCUGAAGUGUUCCAGAGGAAACUUGACGAGAGCACGAAAUUGAUUAGGGAGUUCCAGGAAGCCCAGAAUGAACGUCUGAGCACAAGACCCGCUUCCAACAUGAUCUGUCUCUUGGGUCCCUCGUACAGAGAAAUGCAUCUCACUGAACAAGUGACCAAUAAUCUUAAAGAACUUGCACAGCAAGUUACUCCCGGUGAUAUUGUCAGCAUGUGUGGAGUUCGAAAACCAAUGGGGAUUUCCAUUCCUUCCCCCAGCGUAGAAAACACCUUUGUAGAUUUAACAGAAGAUUUUGAAGACCCUAACAAGACUGAUGUUGCUGACUGUGGACCUGACGGAAUUUGAAGCAAACUGGAUUUGAUUAUAUACAAUGUACAUUUUUUUCCCAUUCUUAACUUGGAAAUGCUUUUCAGAGGAAAUUAAAUAUUUGUAAAUUGUGUUUUUAAUUAAAUUUUGGAACAAUUUUAAUGUUCCAGAGAUUGGACUUCUGUUAAGUAAUGAAGCUGAACCUGGGAUGCUGAAAAAAAGAAAGAGUGCUUGGACCAAAUUAUGGAGAAUCUUGACUUCCAAGACAAGGGUUUAGUAUUUAAUGCUGUGAGUAAUGGGAACACAUAAUGCUUUUAAAUAGGAAGGUGCCAAUGUUUAUGGAAUAACUAGGAAGAUCAUUGUAGAGAUAAUGAGGAAAUUCUCAGAAAGUAGGGUGGA